AUGAACCCGCACAUCUCUGUUCCUCGUCAACAUGCCGCUCCCGCCAAUUUCGGCUCUACACCAAGUCGCGGCUCCAGUGUCCGCAUGCCGCGUUUCUUCAAGAGGCUCUUCAAAUUCCCCCAGAUGGAUUUUGAGAUGGCUAUCUGGGAGAUGACUUCGCUCUUGAUUGCACCUAAGAAGGUCUUCAAAUCCAUAUACUACCAUAAACAAACAAAAAACACAUGGCAUCGCCCUGAUCCAUCCUUCACAUACCUCCUCUCGUUCUUCCUCCUCCUCACAGCGCUAGCUUGGGGUCUGGCUUACACCCCCUCUUUCGGGGCCAUCGUACGCCUGUCCCUGCUGUUCGUCUUCGUCCAUUUCAUCGGCUCGUCCUUGUUCAUUUCAACCAUUGGUUAUUUCGUCAUCGGCCGACUCUUCGGUCCCAAUGGUGCCGCCGCCUCUUUGGCCGGUCUGCGUGGUUCUCGGAGCCGCCGACGCGGCGCAGCUCAGGGCUUAUUUGUACAGCCUGGUGAGAAGGACCAGCUGGAAUUUGGAUAUUGCUUUGAUGUCUCCAAUCGAGCUUUCUUCCCUCUCUACCUCCACCUUUACGUGGUGCAAUUUCUCCUUCUCCCUCUUCUGACUCGUAGCCCGAGCAAUUUUCUGGCGACCUUUCUCGGCAACACGCUCUACCUCUCUGCCCUGAUUUACUACACUUAUAUCACCUUCCUGGGAUAUAAUGCCCUGCCCUUCUUGCACAACACUGAGCUCUUGCUCGUCCCCAUCAUGGUCUUUGCCGUUCUUUGGCUGGUCAGUCUCAUCGCCGGCUGGAGUGUGGUCAUGCAGGGUCGAAGCGUCGAAGGCCUAUUCUGGGGCGUGUGA